AUGACCGAUGAGUUUUUUGCCAUGGCUAAAACGUACAAGUUGGAUGAUUUUGAUGUGCUUAUGUGUAAAGUGGGAAAUAUUGACAAUAGAGUUAAAGCAUAUUUGGAAAAUAUUGGAUUUGAAAAGUGGUCAAGAGUUCAUGCUCUAAUAAAUAGGGGGAGGAUGAUGACUUUCAAUAUUGCAGAUUAUAUCAACUCUCGUCUUGUUGAGGCUCGUGAAUUUCCAAUUUUAGAUUUUCUUGAACAGAUUAGGGAAUCAACUAACUACAUAUACGGUGUGUAUGAAGAAGGAAGAAAAUACAUUAUUCGAUUGGAUAAUAGAACAUGCAACUGUGGUAGAUUUCAGCUUGAUGAGAUACCAUGCGCGCACGCUAUUGUUGUUUUGAAAAUCAAACAUGUAAAGGAAAUGAAGUCAUACUGCUCAGAUUACUACAAGAAGGAGAUAUUGGUGAAGACUUAUGAAAUGCCACUUUGUCCUAUGCCUGAUAAACGAUACUGGCAUGUACCACCGGAGGUGUUAGAAGAUGUGGUUUUGCCUCCAAAAUAUAAGCGCCCACCAGGAAGACCCAAGAAAGGUAGAAAAAAAAGAAGUGAAAAGUUUUCAUCAACAUCAAAUCGCUGUGGCAAGUGUGGGUAUGAAGGCCACAACAGACGUACUUGCAACUACUUCCAAAAGAGAUGUGACAUUUUGUCUUUAAAGUUUAAUCAGACAUGUUUACUUAGUUCAAGGUUUUGA